AUGCAUGAAAGCUACAAGCCGCUUUCGAAGUAUAGAGCUCCAAAUCUUAUCUGAGAGUUCUGCUUGGAAUUUAAAUAAGUAAAUAAAGACAAAAUAAUGUCAAAUAAAAAAUUUUCUGUUCCUGAAACUAUAGACGAUUCCUUUGACGAUAUUAUAAGUGGCCCUCAGUGUUUUAAAUCGGGAAAAGUUCUUACCGAGAAAGAGAGUAGCGAAAGCACUUCAUCGACGCUUCCAUCUAGUGAUAAAAAUGAAUCGACUUCUUCAAAAGCUGCUUCAACUAGAUUUGAAAAAGAAUUUUUAAAUCUGCGGGAAUCUAAAUUUUUUGAUGGCUCUAUUGACAAUCAGAGUGAAAAGAAACAUUUAGAAAAACCAGGCAAUUACUCUGCGAUUCUUGUUAAUCCUAGGCAGAGAGGAAAUCCUCUGUUGAAACACAUAAGGAAUGUGCCCUGGGAGUUCGGUGAGAUUGAGCCUGAUUAUGUGAUUGGAAAAACAUCCUGUGCUCUGUUUUUGAGCUUGAGGUAUCACAACUUAUAUCCAAAUUAUAUUCAUGAUAGAUUGAAAGCUCUUGGGAAAUCAUACAAUCUGCGUGUUUUGUUGGUUCAAGUAGAUGUAACUGAACCGAACCCACCUUUGAAAGACCUGUCUGUUAUCUCAAUUUUAGCUGACUGUACAUUAAUGGUCUGUUGGAGUGCAGAGGAAGCUGGCAGUUACUUAGAAACAUAUAAGAUGUUUGAAAAUAAGUCAGCUGAUUUCAUUAAAAAGAGGCAAGACAAUGAUAAUUAUUCACAGCUUGUGGAUUGUUUGACAACAAUAAGAUCAAUCAAUAAGACAGAUGCAAUGGUUUUGCUUUCUACCUUUAAGACUCUAAAAGGUAUUGUGUCAGCAUCUGUUGAAGAAUUAACACUAUGUCAUGGUAUGGGGCCAUUAAAAGCCAACAGAUUGUAUGAAGCAUUGAGAAAACCAUUGAAAAAGGAAAAAAUGAAAUAAGGCUUAUAUUUAUUUAAUAGUUUUAUUUUAUUUUUUCUUACAAGAUAUGCUGUAUAUAUUUUUUUUACUUCUAAUGUUCUGUUAGGUUAUUUUUAAUGUCUUCAUUUUUUCUACUUUCACAUUGAAGUGACCUAUUUCAACAUCAUGUUUUCAUGUAAAUAAAUGCAUUUUAAAAAAAUGAAUUAAGUCUUACUACAUACAGGGUGACAAGAAAUAACCUUGCUUAUUAAAAUAUCACUACUGAACUUAGAAAUAUACAUGAUAAAAUUACUACCAGUACGAUAUUUACAAAAUAUUUUAAUAUGGCUACUGUUGCAGGGUUCGUAGCUGUUUCCUAUUUUUAUUUUGUUUCUUACUUUUCCUGAUUAAAAACAUUUUGACCUAAUCUUU